CUCCUAAAGGCAUUGACAAUGGCCGUGAAUAGCACUUUCACGCCGAAGGCGUCCCUGACAGAGGCACCUACCAACCUCAAGGAGGCCAUUGACUGGGUCCUGAGGGUAACUGGUAGGGAUGGUAAAGAGAACAAAGAUGAAUGUAUAUGUGGCCUGGCGGCGGCAGUGACUGACCUACUGCAGUCAGUAGAACUGGAGUACCAUGGAUAUCAAGGUGAUGUUAAGAAUGGUGCUGAAGGCGACAGCAAGACUACUAAAGGCGCCAGUGCUGACACAGUGAAAGGCCACCUCAAUGGACUAUUCUCCCUGGUCCAGGGACUAGGUGGUACCGCAGUGGUCCGGACCUACAUAGACCAGCUGGCACAGUAUCUGAAGGAUUUGACGCCUAACGAUAUGUCAUGUGGAAAGUGUGGGUGUCUUAAGGUAGGCGCUGAGAACCAUCACCUGGGUAGGGGGUGUGAUAAGUGUGAUGGAGACAAGUGUGGCAAACCUGGUGCUGGUGGUGGAUGUCAGUGUCAGUGUAAAGGUGGUGCUAGUGGCUGUACUAGUGCUUCUGACUGCAAGUGUGACAGAAAAUGUGGCUGUACCAUUGAUACAUAUAGGUCGGCAUACAGAGGAAGAUACAGCUCUGAGUCAUACGUAGGAGAAACAAUCACUGCAUACCGAGAAUGUAUGUGGAAUUCACCGACAAAUACUACUUCUCGGCACCAAUGUGCCCGUAUCCUACUAGGCUCAGUAUGCCUCAUCUGGAGUGGACUUACUUAUAUGUAUUGGACUGGAAAGUGGCACGGGACUAGUCCUCGGUGGAACAAUCACAUCCUUGAUGGUAGUGGCCUAGAUGAUGGUACUCUAUCCCAAUGGCUACAGGCCCUAGGGUUCCCUAAGGAUAUGCUUAAUAAUAGUGGGCCACAGAAUAGACUGGAUAAGGUCAUAUGGGAUGGGCUUAGGGAUAAGUUUCUCUUAGGAUUCCUGGAGCCUAGUGGCCUUGAUAGUGGUAGUGUCAGCGACACUAAUGGUAAUACCGCUAGGAGUCCUUACGGUAUGAAUUAUCCCGGGUUUAUACAUACUGCACAUAGGGAUUCAUUCAACACCGAUGCUGCUACUGUCUUCACGAAUGGCUCUAGUACUACUAACCGAAUCAGUGAUACUGAUCAGAACAAAAACGGUGCUCUCUUCAAGCUCUACAUUCUAUCAUGUGCCUAUUUUACCGGGUUACAGAAAAAGAAUAGUGAGAGUACUACCGGUACUACCGCUAAUAAUCCUAAGACCAUUCGGGAGAUCCUAUACUGGCUAAGUGCAUUGCCCUAUAGUCCCGCAUACAAGGAGAUGCUAGACUAUGCCAAGAGAAGACUAGAAAAGGUACUCAAGAAACCUGGAGAUGCUGGCUCUAGCGCUAGCAAUCAGGAAACACAACUCAAAUUCCACCAAACAGGCCGUUGGCAUCCUAUUACAGUACAUGAAUACAACCUGUUUGCUCACUUCCAAGCAGUGACUCAGUACUGCCCACUGGUGCUCAUAGGUAUCCAAGGAGGAUUACACAGUACUAAAGGCACUGACAAGACUACAGAACCACCUAUCCAUUCACUCUACGCUAACACUGAAUGCAACUUCACCUAUCCCACUGUAUCCAUCCAAGCAUACAACCAGGUGGUACACUACAUUAGGGCUCUGUUCUACCAGUUGUAUUUCCUUAGGAAACAGUGUGCCGUGAAGGUAGCCCUAGGAGGUAAAUGGCGUGAAUGUAGGUAUGGUGAUGGGGUAGUCUCUAAGGGGGUAAACAGUUGGAUGUGCCUGGGGUGUAGCCCCAUGGAACAUUAUAGGAAAUGGAGGGUUGAGAAGGUAAAGGGGGAAACACUGAAAAUGAUGAAGGAGAGUGAUCCUAUAGUGAAGAAUCUAAAGGCACUACUGGAGGCAAUAGGUCAGGUAGUGGUCCAACUGGGUAAUGCCCAGGAGGCAUUGGAAGGGAAGGAUAAGGAGGCGAUCAAGAAGGUGAAGGAGAAACUAACGGAGGCUAAGGGGGCACUGGGGAAGGCUAAGGAGGGACUAGAUCAGGUGAAGGAUGGGCUGAAUGGGCAAGCAGAACUAAAGGAGGCUAAGGGGAAACUAGGGGAGCUGACGAAUGGUGGUAAAGGAGCACUGCAUAUACUAGUGGAUAGUGGUAAUACUCCUGGGUCAUUACAGCAGAUAGUGGAUAGUGGACAAGAGUGGAGGAAGGAUUACAGUAGUGCCAAGGACAGGAUUAGUGAGGCUAUCGAUGGGUUACACAAGGUAUUGGAGAUAUUGAAGGAGGGAGUGGAGAAGCAGAUAAAGGAAGAGGCAAAGGAGGCCAAGAAAACACUAGAUGUGUUUUUUAAACUGACGAAUGAUGAAAACAAAUUAGAAAACGUACUUAAACAAGAGUUGUCUUAUGAUUACACCGCACUGCUCAAUGCCAUUAACCAGCUCAUCUCCAUCUGCAACUCUCCCAAAUGCCCACCCUGUAAUGACCACAUAAACAAGUGUGGCCAAAAGCCAGUGUCCAGGUACUGUGACAAGUGCCACCAGCAAUACAUGGACGGCACACCAUCACCCCUCCAGGCAUUCCUCGAGGAUCGGUUACCAGGCUUUAGUUGUGACGUAGUACGAAACACUGACACAGACAAAGACACAGUGUACCCACCCGCUGCAUCCCACUUAGGACACUGCAAUGGUUCCGGCCAAUGCUGCCCAUUGCCAAUGGGAUUUAGAGGUCAAUUCUAUAGUGGCAGCACCAGUGAUAUGACUGGCUCAAGACUCUACGGGAUCCUCUACUUCUUCAGUAAUGAGAACAUGAUGCAGUCGUGUGUUUAUACACUAGUGAGGGUAACGGCAGCACUCAGUGCUACGACACCACAGGUACUGGGUGAUGUAUUCGGGUUCUUUAGGGGGGGUGUUGGAAAUAAGGAAAGUGGAAAGAACAAGCAGGGAACAGGUGGGAUAGCGUGUAAGCACGAAGGCGAUCCUUCUACUGACACGGAUAAGAGUAAGUACUAUUGCGGCUGGUGUGCCUCUGGGUUAAGGGAUGUGGUAAAGAAGAUAGAGUGGAUACCUAAUGGGAACGGAACGGAUGGAGGGUCAUACAGAGGGACUCUCGGUAAAGCACUAAUAGGUAUUAAAGGCGAUAAAAGCGAUAGUAGUCCUGCCCCAAAGUCAACUACCACUACCACUCCAUCUGCCCUCUCAACACUGACCAAGGACUCAGAAUACCUCUCCCCCCUGACAGGUGAACUCUAUACCACAGUGAGUGACACGUUCGGAGGAACAUACCUCUCAUGGGUACUGUAUCUAUCAGAUGCACUUGAAGGGGGUCUAAAGUCACUGGCUAGUGAGUUCCAACAGAUUGAAUGCCGGGGCUGUAAGGGACAAUGCGACCCCAAUAAGUGCAGGAAGGGAAGUCAUGGAAGCACUGCAGAGGGCUCUAAGGGCACAGCACUCUGCACGUGUCAAUCAAUCGUAUCAUGUACCGGGGUACUGCCAGUGCUGUAUAGGCAUGGCUUCAGCUACGGUAACCCAUUCAAUCUGGAGGGGUUCCAACAGGGGGAUGGGAAGACGGAUGGGCAGUAUGACAUCACGAAGGCAGGCAGUACUAAGAAGUGUCACGAGUUCCUGGAGAGCCUGAACAAAGUACUAGAGGACAAGCAGGCUGCCUCUAAUGCCCACCCCCUCAGCAACCUCCUUACCCAGGUCGGCAAACUCCAAUACGACAUACGGCUCCCGUGGAUCUUUGUGCUUACCAUAGCGUGGCUAGUAGCAGUACUCUACCUAGCCUUUGGUGCCAUAUGGCCACUGGACUGGGCGCAUAUGAGGUCGCAUUGUAGGGGAUGGUUCAGGAAGGGUAGUCUGAGUCCAUGGGAGAUCUUGAUGGUGGGUAAGAAGAAGGGAAGGGGGAUACUAGAGUUUUUUGGUAAGACAUAGAGGCGACGUAGUGGCGCCUUCGGCGCAGUAACUAGGCA